CAGACACCUUGCAAGAAGCUUAUAAUGAUCAUGAUGAUAUUGACGCAUAUCAACAACGAGAAAUGCAUGAGCACUACGAUCUCGCCAUUUGUGGGGGAAACCCCAAAUCGAACAAGGGCGCUUAUAACAUUCAGGAAGUUAACCCAUUGCCACAGAAGCGAUCCUGUCCGGAAGGAGAGAUCGGUGUCCUUGGUCUGCAUGCCAAGGACCUACCACCAAGCCCAGAAGAGACGCGGUCGGCUAAACGCAUGAAAACGCACGAUGGUAAAGUGUAUCUGCCACCGGCUCCAAAGCGCGCCACCUUGGCGUCUCAGCAGCGGCAGUUCAAGAAACUCAUCACCCCCGUUUCGUUCACCUUUGAUCCUGAACAAGGACGAAGAUGCACCAUCGGAGGAUUUUUUAAAGUCCAGGAGUCCUCUGUCGAUUCUUCUGGCACCACCGCCAGCUCCAAAAAUGCCUCUCACACCUCAGAAACCUCAUCAUGCUCGUGCAGCUCCAUCCGUGACACCAGCUAAGACCAGAGUUCGCACUCUCAAAGCGGCGUCACAAUUCAAAUCUCCGUUAAGCUCUUCUGCUUCAGCAUCGUCCGGAAGAGGAUCGUCGAUUCGGCUGACGCCUACAGUUCAGUCCCUAGAACGCAAAUUACAACUUCUUAAACGCGCGGUCAAAGUGAAAGAGAACGAUGAGGAAAAGACGCUCAUCGGGCUCAUCAAGAAAUGGACAGAGGCAGGCAGGGAGGUCGCAUAUGAACUUUGGGAUUUGGUGAAAGAUUCUGCGAACAAGCGGGAAGGUAUGGGUUGGGAUGGAGGCAGGAUGGGCUCACGGGACUCGAACUGGGGUUGGGACUCCCCUGGUAUCAAACGUGAAGGCUAUCCGGAGAACGAGAUUAAUACUGCUACGGAGAAUCCCUCGGACGAAGGUCAUACCAACAAGAUCCUUUCAGAAGAUGAUGAGCAAACACGGAAUACCAUGGGUACGAUGCUCCGACAGCUUGGAAUUGCUACAGAGACAUUAGGAUGGGAUGAAGACGCUGAGGUUUUCUUCGAUUAA